AUGUUUAGUAAGAGUGUGUUUCGACUGAAACCAAGAGUAUUUAAUCCCCAGUCUUUCUGGAGAUUCCCAGUUGCUUUCCAACUACAGAGAUAUCCUAUUGCGUCCUUCGCUAGAGCAAUCAGGAAGCCAAAGACUAAAUCUGAGAAAGUUUUGAGCAAAGUUGCUGAGAGAAAAUCGCUUGAUGACCAACUCCAGAAGUAUGAAUUUGAAAUUGACGCUAUCAAAAUCAAACAACUACAAAAUUUAGGCACUAUUAAAGGAGUGCUGAGGUUCUAUAAUGAGAAUAAUCCCAGCACUCUCCAUCCCAUCUUCAAAGUACAUGUACUAGGAAAGAUCGUAAGGGGAUUACCAAAAGAGAGAAUUAACCCAAAUGCUCUAAUUAAGAAUGAAGCGUUCCAGAAUUUGUAUACUUCAAUGAAAGCAUCUAUUGAUAAGAUGGAUGCUAAGGGUCUCAGUAGUUUCAUACUUUAUAGCUCCAUUUUGGGUAUAAAUGACCAAGAAACCUUGGAAUACGCUAAGGAUAAGAUCACUGUUGGAAAUUUUAGGAUGAUCAAUCCUCAAGAUCUUAGUCAUUUCUUGCUAGCAUUUGCUAAAUCUGGAUACAUGACUGAGUAUCUUGCAAACAAUAUGCUGAGGAAGUUAUCAGAUCAGCAGCCUUUCAACAUGUUCAUUGCAAACAGAAACUUAUGGGCUUGAAAUACCCUAAAUAUUUACCAUGAGGGCCUUUUUGAUAAAUUUGAACAGAUCUUAGAGCAUAAAAGAGACUUCCUAUCUGAAGAUAUUGUGAUGAAUUACAUGCUGACUCUGACUAAAUUUGAUCAUCUCAGCCAAGACUCCAAGUCUAUUCUCACCAGGCAUGCAAUUGAGAACGUAGAUACCUACAAAUUCUCUUCACUUGCUUCUAUCUGUGAUUGCUUGGUCAAGAUCAACCAUGAAGAUGGGGUAGUUUUUGACAUCAUCAAAAUGAGUUUAAUCAAAAGAUUUACAGCGGUUGACAUUUCUCAAUUAGCAUCAGAAGUUACUUCUAUUGAUCUUGCUCAGUUUAUGACUGCAUUUACUCACUUCGAGAGAUAUGAUGCAGAAAUUCUCACAAUCUUGGAGCAAGUAUUUGUGCAAAUACUUGACCAAGCUGGAGGAAAAGAAACAGCUGCAAUGCUUAUCAACCAUUCUCAAUGGAACCAAAAAGUACUAAAGUAUGAUUACAGAGGGAUUAAAAAGACUAUUAGGAAGAAGGCUAAUAAGAAGCACUUCAUGUUGAGUAGGACAGAAAAAGUCUUUAAAAAGUACAACCAUGAACUCACUGAGAAAUUUAUUGAAAACUUAGCAACAAAGGCCGAUGAGAUAAACCUAAAUGCCUUGAUCCAAAUCCAGUCUAACCUCUUGAGCAACAAUAUUAGGAAGAAUUCCACUAAGAGAUCCAUUCUUGAUUUCUUUAGUCAUUCCGGCUUAAAAAUAUUCAAAGCUCAGCUGGAGUCAGAUGCAGACCUUGACAUACAAGAGUUCAGACGCCUUCUUUGAAGAUAUUAUGCAGGAGUACGUAAGAUCUGCUUCAAAAAGGAGCAACUCCAGACCUGAGUAGAGAUGAUAUAUCAAACAUUAGGGUAUAAUAUAUUUACACUCAGAGCAGAGCUAUCCCCAAUCUUCAAGGCUCAUGAUAAGCAAACAAAAUGGGAAGAAGAAAUUCAACAAGAGAUUGAGAUUCCAAAAAGUAUUGUUGAGGAUGUUGAGUUAGAAUAAAUUCAAUUUUGAGGUUUAAGUGA